UUGUGUAUUGAAAGCUCAUCCGUUCUGUAUCUGCUUGUUUGUCGCAAGAUCAACACUAAAUUCCCUUCGGAGCGUGUACAGUAUGGUCUAAUAUUGUGCAAUAAAUGCGAUAAGUUAAUAAGCUAUGCUUGUUGCUACUAACAGCAACGUUUUAUUCACGAAGAUUUGGAAACACAAAAAUGCUCACGAAUAGACCGAUAAUAGUUUCCUUGAUUAAACAAUAUGGAAUACUUUUACGCUUCAGAAUGGUUCACACACGACGUGGGGAAUUAUAUAAUAAAUGCUAUCGUCUUCUUGGAGUGAAUGAACAAUCCGACCAGAACACCGUCCGGAACGCUUACAUAACAUUGGUGAAGAAACUCCAUCCGGACAGUGGCCAUCCGGAGGCAAGCGCUGAACGUUUCCAGGAAGUCGAUACGGCUUUUCGCAUACUGCAGGAAAAGUUUGCUAAAGCACGGCGAGGCAUUGUGGAAGACCUUCAGGAGCAGGUGAAAGUGUACGACAUUAAACACACCGCACCACAGCACCGGCAGUACCUUAGCUUCGACGGUGUCGGGUUCGGAACGCCAGCGCAACGCCAAAAGCAAUACCAAGCGGUUCGUGCAGCCAAAGCACAGGAACGCGUCCUCGAGCAUCGGCUCUCCAAAGCCCAAGCUUCCGAGACGGCGCUCAUGAAGAAGGGUGAUUAUUUUAAGAAACACGAAAUAAAAACCAAAUACGGUUACGAUCGCGUCGUCGAGGAUCUCAUCCAGGAAGCCAUGUCGCGGGGCGAUUUUAGCAAUCUGUCCGGCUUCGGUAAACCCCUGCCCGAUCACCAGUCACAGAAUCCGUACGUGGACUUCACUACGCACAAAAUCAAUAAAAUAAUGCUCGACAAUGGUUUUACGCCGGAGUGGAUAACGCUGCACAAGGACAUUCGUCAGGCGGUGGAAAUGCUCAAAGAGGAUCUGCGGCGAGUAAGGUCAAAACUGGGCCCCGUACCGCUAAGCGUACAGGAGGAUCAACAGUGGCAGAAAUGGAUCGAACAGCAGCAAGACGAAGCGACAAAGAUUAACAAAAUGAUCGAUAAAUUCAAUCUUAUUGUGCCGAUGAUGAAUAAGCAAAUGGUUCGACUGAAUCUGGAGCGGAUCGGGACUGAUGUGCUUGAAAACGGUCCACAUCGUGUAGGGCCACAGGACGAUAGGCCGAGUAACGUAAAGAAAGUCACACAAAACGAUACCACCACAAGUAGGUCAAGUAUUUUAGGUUUUAUUGGUUCAUUGUUUGGUUGAACAGACUUAUCUAAUGCAGAUAAAAACAAAAACUAAUAACAAAACGGCUCUAUUUUG